AUGUGGUUUAGCUUCAUCGAGGUGGACCGCGUGGCCGGCUUCUGGACGUACAUGUUCGUGCUGUCCAAAGUGCCGGAACUGGGCGACACGGUGUUCAUCGUGCUGCGCAAGAAGCCGCUCAUCUUCCUGCACUGGUACCACCACAUCACUGUCCUGCUGUACACGUGGUUCUCCUUCACCGAGUACACGUCGUCCGCCCGCUGGUUCGUCGUCAUGAACUACUGCGUGCAUAGCGUGAUGUACUCGUACUACGCUCUCGUCAGCAUGGGCAAGUACCCUCCCCGCUCCAUCUCCAUGCUCAUCACGGCCAUGCAGCUGACUCAGAUGAUUGUGGGAUGCUGCAUCAACGUGUGGGCGCACAACUACAUGGCCACCGCCCCGCCAAACACCUGCCACAUCAGCAACAUCAACAUCAAACUGUCCAUGGCCAUGUACUUCUCCUUCUUCGUACUAUUCGCCCAGUUCUUCUACAAGGCCUACCUCGCACCCAAAACGGGCAAGAAGGCCAAAGUAGAACCACCCGUCCAGGACGCACCCGCCAAGAAAACCGAAGCGGCAACAAACGGCUUCACCAGACAGAGAAACGGCGUCGUCGCUCACUAGUCGAUCAGUUGUGAUAGGUUACGGCGCGUCGACGGUGGCUCGCCGCGUUCAUUCAUUAGAAGGCCUAAAAUUUCAAUAUUACAAUUCUCCAAUUUCCAAUCGGAUACUCAAUCUCUUCCUAUUCUUGUUCUAUUCUCUAGUUGUCAAAGCAUCAUUCCAACGUGAGCCGCCUAUCACCUAACCAACUUCCGAGUGGUUUGAUCAUAAUAUUUUAUAUUCCUAAUACUUAAACGGUUAAGGUCCAAUUUUGAACGGCAGUCGUUUUCACGGUGCUGAUAGUAUUCACUUUUGAUCUCGUCGCGAUGGAAACUGGAUAUUCUCGCAUCGCAAGGCCUGGGAAUGAGUGGGCGGAGCCAGCCGUCGGCCGGGCGGCACUAUUCCGCGCCCGCGCUUUUAUACGGGCGCCCUCUACCGCGAUUUAGGAGGAACGCACCCGAAAUUAUCAUUCCUUCUAUAAAUAUAAGGUAUGAUGACUUCGAUCGAGUUUCAGUAGCCUCUGUUCCGUUCGAUAGACGCUAGAGAGACUUAGAGCGCGAGCCGCUACGUGAACGUACCUAGGUUAUUCACUAGCUUCAGUGCUCGUCACUUUCCCUUAGGUUAGCCUCCUAAAUGGCUUGCGGUCCGCAUCACGACCUGUAUAAAAGCAAUCGUAACUUCUUUGUUGUUGUUUAACGUAUUUAUUACUAUGAAAAUGAGUGAUUUUUUAAUGAGUAAUUUAUUUGUAAAACGAUAGUUAUAUCGACCUGUACAGAUUGUAAAGUUGAGUUUCGCUUGUGGCUAGUACUAGAUUAAAUACUUUGAAACGCUUGUAAGACAAGUGCACAAAGUGUAAGAAAAUUGAUUCCUUAUAGUGGAAUAAGCAAUACUUGGCUGAAUUGUGAGGGGAGGUUCGGUCAUAUCGGAGUUUGGGGUCGCUAGGGGUCGACUGCGGUCCUCGUCAUCCUAUAAAAGGCCUUGUACACGACCAACGGUUUUGCGGCAAGAUACACAUGCUCGAAAAUGUUUCGGCAGUUCACACAAUAUUCCAAACAAUUCUAAUCGCGCUCAGUAUAAUAAACUUAACGUGUUUUUUUCGGCCAGUUUGAUUCACGCCUGGAAAGUCCAAAGCAAACUAAGAAAACACAAAUCGAUUUAUCAGUUUGUGUAUCACAUCUGAGUGACUAGUCAAAAGAGUCAAACUCUAAGAUAAUUUUAUAGGCGCUGACGCGACACCAAAGUUGAAUAAUAUUGCCGAAAAAGUGUUGGUCGUUUGCAAGCUUAAGGUCUUAGUUGGUGAACGGACAAAUGUUUAAGACAAGUUUAAAUUCCCCGCUUCCGCGUGCGUUCGUCGCGCGAGCUAACAUAGACUUAAUUAGGUAUAGAAGUCUCUAAGAUGCUGACUUUGGGCGCACACAAAUUAAGAUAAGCGUCUACGAUGUCCAAGUUGGUCGACCGUUUCUAAUAUUGUUUAAUAUUGUAAUGUGUCAAAGCAUCGAUUGCAGUUUGUGAUUCUUAACUAAUGUAGGCCGGUUUUGAUAGGACCGCUUAGUGCUCGAUUUACGUGUCCGUUCGUUUGGCGAAUGCGGGUCCUGAAAUAGUACGUUUAAGGUCCAUAUUUGCGUGUUUCUUAAAUCUAGGAUUAGUCUAACUUUAUCCUAAUGGCGUGGUGAACGCAGUGGGUCCCUGAUUCAAUUCGUGGUAGAGUCAAUUUAGGCAAUGAUGAUGUGUUCGUAAUGGAAGGCUGGGUGAUGUGAAAUUCCCCUUGGAUUUACGAGGCGUAUUAUGGACGUUAAGUCUCCAAGUAUUUUCAGUCGUUAUAUUUAUUAACACUGUCAGUUAAUUAAUCCAAAGUUACGCUAAUCCUAAAUUGAAAUAAACCACAGAUGGGCUUGAAACGUAUCGAUUGGUAGGACCCGCCACCGCGUCUCCAACGGAAUACUGACCUGGUGAAACAUUAGCUUAGUUAUAGCGAGGGUUCAAUCGUCGAAGUCCUCGAGAGAUAAUUAUACAAGUAAGUGAAAAACAAUGCAAUGACGUUAGUUUCACCACAACCCCGAAUCUUUUGAUCCGGGCUAUGUACAAAUUAUGUUAAGUUUUCAAUAAACUGUACGAUAAAUUUGGUGAAACUAGCAUUAAGAGUACAUACGAUACGAAUGCAGUUUAUAAAAUGAUAUUGCCAAAUACUGUUACGUUACGGCUAAGACGAUGAAACCUGUAACUCUAGAAGUCACAAUUUUAGGUAGAGUGUUCGAGAUUAGAAGUUUAUUUAUUGUCCAGUUCGUUGCUUUUAAUAAAAAUUAAUGAUAAUAAUAAACGCGAGUCGACGCUGACGUUGUUUGAUGUAGUUUUACAUUAAAAUUACGAAAUUAUAUCCGUGAAAUUGGUUACAGUUUAAUUGUAAGAGGUUUUUGUUUAAUAAGGUUGGUUACUUUGAAUUAAUUUAUUCGGAAAUAUUUAACUUAUGUACACUUAGGAGUCAACGUUUCCCCGAAAAGUACACAAUGUGGUCGAUUCUGACAUUGUUCACUGUGUUUUAAAGUAUUAUUUAUCUCUUUUCUUACCUACUGAAUGAAAAAGGCCAAGAGUAUUUAAUAGGAAACUUAAUCCACGCUGCUCAAAACAAAAACUACUUACGAAAACGUAAGUUAAUUUACUUUGAAAGUAUAACCUUGUCCCUUUUCAUUCGCGAAAGAAAAAGAGAGAUGGUGGACAUGUUGGAUAGGCCCGAUAGGCCGUUGUUUCAUCUUUCCAUUGUUUUUAUUUACAUUGUUAAAAAUGCAGAACAUGGAAGUCACACAUGUAAUGUACUUGUUAAAGACUAUACAAAUGUAUGACAUAUGGGCGUAUUUUUUAAGAAUGCACAUCGCAUUUGUGCAAUUUAGUAUGCGAAAUGAUAUUCUAUUGCUUGAAAAAUACGUCUCAUGUUUAUACUCACGCGUCGGAGCUUUUUGAGUGAAGUAACAUUCCAUAUAUCCUUGAAAACUGGCAUAGACCUAGAUUAUAAGGCUAGUGAGUCUUUGGGGAAUGAAAAUCUAUCUUCAUUAGUGAUUUAAAUGGCACUAUACGUGUGACUAUAAUUCAGAAGAAACUUCAUUCCCUUUUUAUAGCAAAACUCGAAUUGCUCCGAAGUACCAACUUAACGUUACCUACUUAUUAUCGCCUGCCUACUUGUCAUUAUUGUGUUGAUUAUUAAGUGCUAUCACCGGCAGGUCAUUAUGUACUACCUACAGUUGGCGACAAAAGUUCGUGACACCUAAACAGUUCGCAAUACGUCUUUGUUACAAUUGGAAUAAGGUUGUAUCAACUUUUUGGCUACUUUGGGUAACUAUUUGAUGCUGACUGUACCACGUAAUAUCUAACUUCCCCAAUGGAUAUUGAAUUUGGUCUUAAGUCUAAGUUUCAAAUGGUCCUAAAAAUUGAGGAAUUUGAUAUUCUGUGGUAGGUUCUGUGCUGACGGUAUUAUUGCUAUUUUUAGAUUAUCCACUGAAUGUAACUGAAAUUGAUACAUUUUGUACUAUUUUUUUAUACAUUGUGUUUGUAGUAAAUUUAAAUGAGGGAACUAAUGAAUCAUCGGAACAAUUUACGAAAUUGUUUAUUUUUAUGUAUCUUAUUAAUGUUUACUGUGUUUUUAAUCCAGCAUUAUUUUGAAGAGCUAUCGAACUGUAACAUUAUGCCUGUGGUAUUUAUUUCGCCAAGUACAUGUUUAUUAUUUUGUACAAAACAUAUUUAUUUGAUUAGCCCUUCAGUUACAAACAACAAGUCUUCUAUUAUUACUUGGCAUUUAUUUUUUAAUGAUGUUUUUCUGCAUUUAAUAAAAGUAACAUGGUUGAUCUUGUUCUAGAACGAACUAGCGGUUAACAGUUCCAUAAUUAUGCAAUACAUAUUUUUAAAGAGUACAUAUUAUAUAUUUUUGUGAACAACGUUUUGUGGUUACAAUUCCAGAACAAAUAACUAUGAAAUACCAGACAUGCAUGUUAUUUACGAUCUAAAAGUGGAAAAUAUUCUUGCAAUCAUUAAUUUGUAUUUUCUGGGCAAAUAAAGGGUUAAUACGUAUAUCA